GCAUCAGAAGCGCCUAUAAAGGCGGAGGCAGGGCCUGGAGCCCCACCUGUGUCUGCAGCAGUGGUGCCAUGCUGGGAAAUCUGGGGAAGCUGGCGGCCGAUGGCCUGGCCUACCGCACAGAGAAGGCCACCGAGGGUGCAGUUCACGCCGUGGAGGAGGUGGUGAAGGAGGUGGUGGAGCACGCCAAGGAGGUCGGGGAGAAAGCUGUCGCCGACGCCCUGAAGCGAGCCCAGGAGUCAGGGGACAAAGUGGUAAAGGAAGUCACGGAGAAGGUGACCCACACCGUCACGGAUGCAGUCACCCACGCAGCGGAGGGCCUGGGCCGGCUGGGACAGUGACCGCCGGCCACCUCAAUAAAAGCCCAAAAUGUGUGCCUGGA